CAUGGCGUCCGUGACAACAGCCACCUCAGAGUGGAUUCAAUUUUUUAAGGAUGCAGGGAUCCCAGCCGGCCUUGCUGUCACUUAUGCAGUCUCCUUUGUGGACAACAGGAUCCAGAAGAACAUGCUGAUGGACCUCAGUAAGGACAUCAUGAUGGACCUCGGUAUUACAGUCAUUGGUGAUAUCAUCGCCAUUCUUAAACAUGCCAAGCAGGUGUACAGGCAGGACAUGUUCAAAAUGGCCACAGAAGCCAUUUCCUCAGGACAGACAAGUGUUCAAGCUGAGCUCAGAAGAACUGCCAAUACUCCUGCCACUCGUAUGAUUGCCAACGCUCUGAGCCAUGACUCCCCUCCAGCAACUCCUGCCCGUCGACCUGACAACCGACUCUCUGUCACAGUGUCCAACAUGCAAGCAAACAAGAGUGGCAAAGCAGUUGUAAGUCAGCCAGCCGAUGAGGGGAACGGUUUGCCAGCAGUCAAGCGCCGGCGAGUGACAGCUGAGAUGGAAGGCAAGUACAUCAUCAACAUGCCGAAAGGCACCACGCCUCGUACACGCCGCAUCCUGGCCCAGCAGGCCAAGAAAGGUUUGAAACGCACCUCUGUAUUUGCAAGACUUGGGGCUGAAUCUAAGGCAGACACAACAACAAGCAGUAACAAGCCCACCGGUGUGUUCAGUCGUCUGGAUCAAGGGAAUGUAGUGGAAGGCAGGCAGAGGGCAGGAAACAUGGAUGUAGAUGACCAGGACGACAGCGACGGAGAGGGCUCCGUCCUCCAGUAUGCUGGCGUCCUCAAGAAACCCCCGCCCUCCCAGAAGAAAGAACCAGCCACAAAACCUGUCCCGACCACCCUGCGGCGCCUGGGAGGAAAAUUCAAAGUACCUCCCUCUGACACUCCCACCUCCUCCUCUUCUUCCCCUAAUGGCCUCCCUCCUGCCAAGAUCAGUGUGCUUCACAGACUGGGCAAGCUCCCUGCCACACACUCAAACACGGCUGUUUCGCCCACACCCGCUGACACACAGGACAACAGAGUGACCAGCACCAGGCCCAGAGUCCUGGAGAGACAGACCAUAGCAAGCUCCAAGGUCAGCAGCAGCAGCACCGCGGCCGGAGGAGGAGGAGAGUCUGUGGGUGCCCAGAUGGACGUUAAGGCUGUCAGUGUUUUUAAGAGACUCGGCAAUAAGAGAACCUAACAGAAUAUAAAAAUUAUUCAGACUCUUUCUAUACCUCCUUUAUAGAAUUUGUAUCACCACCUUUUUGCAUUUAUCCUGGCUUCAUUCAGGACUGCAGAUCGUUAUUAACUAGAGUGUUUUAUGUUCAGCUUGAGCGUGUGGAGGAUUUUAAUGGCUUUAGGUUUACACUUAGAUUUUUAAAAAAAAAAGGAUUUUUUUUGUUUUGUUUUUGUUUUUUAAAUUUUAGUUACGCUGCCCUUGAAAAAUCACCUUUGUUUACUGUCCAAGCUUUUAAUUUAAUGACUCCAAGUUAUGUGUAUUCUGGUCAUCCAGAAAGCUAUUUGUCAUGUUGCAAUAAUAUCUGCCAUUUUUUUUUGGAAAUGUGUAUUUAAUCAUAUUUGUGAGCUAAAGGCAUGAGCAUGAAUUCAACAAAGCUGCCAUUAUGGUAGUUUUUAGUUUACCCCCUGUAAGUCCACAUAUAAGGUGUCCCUCAAGAUGAAUUAUGAAUCACUGUGUCAAUAUUUGCCCGAAAGUUAAAUAGAAAUCUUAAGUGUUUUUUUUUCCUACAAGUUAAAAAUACAGAAUGGCAGUCGGACAUAAGACUAGCCAUGAGGUGAUGGUGAAAUCUUUCUCUUCAUGUUACCUUCACCUUAGAAUUACCUCCUCCAUUGUGCUUUGAAAGUAGAAAAUGUGUAAAAGUGUUGGUGAAAGGCUUCUGAACUUUAGCCCUGGACUUGUGAGCAGAAAAGGAAAUCCAAAUGGUUACACACAAUGACCUCUUCCAACACUUGAAUCACGAAAAAGCACACCACCACCUCCUCCUCCUCCUCUUCUUCUACUUAUGUGCUUUGUGCAGUAAAAGUUCACACCUCUGAGCUAAAGACACCCAAGUAAACUUUUCUACCAUAGUAACAAACUCUUUCUAAAACCACGUACUUGAAGGCCAGAUCAGUAGAAUAUCAUUUAUUUUGAAAUGCAAUGUAUAGAUUUGUUAGAGUUGAUUUCACACAGCACAGAACCUGUUCUGCUGCAUAUUUUUCUAUGUGGAACUUCUUGUAUCAUGUAUCCAUGUAAAGAAACUCAGAGAUGCCAUCAGGCCUGGUGUCAGGGGGCCACUGUACUGUAGUUCCAGUAGGUAAUUCACCGUACCCAGUAUGGGUCAUUAACUCCUGUGUACUGUUUUGGUCUUUCAGACUUACACCAGAACUUUGUUACACUGUAAAUAUUUUGAAAUGUUUAAAAUCACGCUAAAGACUUUUUAUUGUUUUAAAGGAACAAAGUAGAGCGAAACACACCACAAACUGUCACUUUUUUUUAAAGAUAUUGAGGAUUUAAAGAAAAAAAAAAUACUGAAUUUGGAGAGUGUGGUUGGAGAAUAAAAGACGAAAAGGGUCCAAAUGCU